UAUAUAUUUACAUCAUAUGUUAGGAAUAGGAAUAUGAUAUAUUCUGUUCGACCUUGAGAUAUUCUUGUCUCGGUCAAAAAAGAGAGUGGUUGAAGUUGAAUUAACUUGUUCAAAAGAUGGUGGAUAACAUUGGAGGCAGUUCCUCUAAUGCUGAAAACAGUGGCAUGAGGGAACAGGACCAGCUGUUGCCAAUAGCCAAUGUUGGGAGGAUCAUGAAGCAGAUUUUACCUCCCAAUGCGAAAAUCUCCAAGGAAUCAAAGGAAACAAUGCAAGAGUGUGUGUCAGAGUUCAUAAGCUUUGUAACGAGUGAGGCCUCAGAGAAGUGCAGAAGGGAAAGGAGGAAGACUGUGAAUGGAGAUGAUGUCUGCUGGGCCUUGGCAUCGCUUGGUUUUGAUGAUUAUGCAGAGCCAUUGAGAAGGUAUUUGCAUAGAUAUAGAGAACUAGAAGUAGAUAGAUCAACUAACCAAGAUAGAGGAAAUAGCCCCCUCACAAGAGAAGGAUCAUGAGAUCAUGUAGCUAGAGAAACUAGGCAGGAAAGGAAAUUGAUUAAACUAACCAAAAGCUCAGUAAAAUGUGUCUGAGACAAGGCUAGUUUAAGGUUUUGAGAAUAUGAGAUAAUUUAUGUAAUAAUUUUCUUGUCUUAACUGGUUUUAUUUGUGUCAUGGUUCAAGAACUAGCUAAAAUACUUG